AUCACAUAAAGGACGCAUGAUUACCUGCCGCUACGUUUCGUUGGCUACGUCAUUUGUAACUCCAGCUCGCGUCACUGGCUUUGUUCCUGACGUAUCUUCAUAUUAAUAUGGUGCUGGUGGUUAGACCGGUCUUUUAGUUUCUCACUUGAUAAUUCCUAUAAUCAGCAUGACGUGGAUUUGCGUGGUGUGCAGGUGGUGUGCCCCAUUUUGGGCAGUUUCCAGCUGAGCUCUGCACGCUCUUAUCAAUCUGUCAGGCUUCCUGAAACCCUCCAACGCAGUGGUCGUACAAUCGUGCUGCUCGCACGCGGAAAUCGCACGCGAAAGCGUGGCGGCUCGAGCUCGGCUUGGCCGGCGUUCUCUCAUCACGUGCCGGCUACGGUCGAGGGCUCGGACACCGAGGACCUGCCGGCGUCAUGGUAGCCGACGUGAGGUCACACUCGUCUGACGUGACCGCAGAGGCGCGCCGUGAAGUAACUCCGGGCUCGGGAUGGAGGGGAGUACCGCCGCGAGCCGUGCCGGUCCACUGGCUCGCUCGGAUCGGUGUUGUCUGCAGUCUGCUGUUUCCAUGUUGAAUUGAGAAGUGGCGGUUGUUGGGAUCUCGGUGCCCGGCCGCGCCGAGUCGUUGCGCGGCGUGUUGCACUGCCAAGGCCACCUGGCCGGCCGCGGAGCGCGCUGUCCAGACUCAGACGGUACCGGCCGGCGCGGCGGGCCGCACGACCGGACCGCGCCGCGUGGGGCCGGCGGGAAAACGGCGCAGCGCGCGCCGGACACGGACCGACCGCCAGUGCAUGGGCCGGGGACACCGCGGCGGCACACGGCGCACGCCGCUCUCAGUAGUCGCCGUCCGCCAGCUCGGUGCGUGCUGCCGGCAGAGAUAGCCAUCCGCGGCCGGGUCUGCUCCGCCGGCUCUGCACUGCACGCUCUCCGUGAGGUGGUGGUCAGUCGGUGGCUGUGUCUGGCCCAGGUGUGACCGCUCGGCGGGCCACUCGGAGUGCUGUGAGUCUCUGUGAGUGUCCAGUCGGCGGAGGUCCGUCAGCGCGAUGAGCGGGAUGGAGGAGGGCAUCACGGCGGCGCCCGCCCAGCCGGCCACCCUGCACAUGACGUCCGUGGACGAGCCAGAGGCCACCAACGACAAGCGGUUCCUGUUCAGCGAGGGCGGCUCGGCGCGGCCCGUGUGGCUGGUGCGCGGCUACCAGGUGCCCAAGGUACCGGUGCUGGCCGGCCUGGCCGCCAUCCUGGCCGUGCUCUGUCUGCUGCUGCUGGUGUGGUGCGCCGUGCUGGCUGCUGCGACCGCCGGCCCGCCGCCGCCGCCGCCCGAGUGCCGCGCCACCGGCUGCCUCCAGCAGGCGGCCAACAUCGCCGGCUACAUCAACACCUCGGCGUCGCCGUGCACCGACUUCUACGAGUACGCGUGCGGCCGGUUCGACGACGUGCACCCGCUGGAUACGAGGAUCUCCUACGGCAUCCAGGAGGUGCUGGAAGCCGAGAACCAGCUGCGCAUCGAGGAGCUGCUCGAGCGCUCCCAGUUCCACAACGACUUCUCGGCGGUGAGCAAGGUGCGCACUUUCUACCGCACAUGCAUGGACGCGGCGCACGGCAACAGCAGCGCCGAGCGGCUGCGCGAGCUGGUCAACAGCCUGGGCGGCACCGACCUGUUCGGCACUUUCGAUCCCGAGAAGUUCGAGUUUAUCGAUAAGUUCGUUCAGACUCGUGAGGUGAACCGACUACGACUGUUCUUCUCCAUCACUUGGCUACAGACACUGGGCCGCGUGCUCAUAUCGCCGCCCCGGCUGGGCAUGGAGGAUAAGAUGCUGUACACGGACGAUACAAGCGAGGCGCGAGCGGCGCGGGCCUCCUACCGGCAGUCGAUCGUGGCUGUGCUCCGUCUGCUGGAGGCCGAGCUGCCUGCCGACGUGGCUCAGAACCGCACCUGUAACGCCACCUGUCCGGAGCGAAUGGCCGACUCGGUGCUCCACCUGGAGACCCAGCUGGUGGAGGCUAUGCCCACCAAGAGUCACGUGCUGCCUGCGCCGGCCAAUGUGAUGUCGUUGGACGCGCUGCUGAGACUGUCACCGCGCUUCGAGUGGCGCCGUCUUCUCGACUCGCUGUUCGGUAAGAACGUCGUGGCCAACUCGUCCAGUGUCCAGGUGCCCAGUAAGGAGUACAUGACCAAUCUGAACGCCAUCGUGGAGCGCAGUAAUGCCUCGCUGUUAAACGACUACAUCCAGUGGAACCUGAUCCGGCAGUACCUGCCGGCCGCCGGGCCCAUCUACGCCGUGCUGGCCCAGGAGAUGGACACUGUCACGCGCCGGCUGGCCACCCGGCCGCGGCAGGCCAUCUGCUUCGACCUGCUGCGCCGCUACUUCCCCCGCGCCCUGCGAGCGCUCUUCAUCGCUGACCACAUCGGCGAGUCGAACGUGGCGGCCGCGCGCCGCAUGGUGGGCCGCGUGCGCGACCAGCUGGGCCGCAGCUUUGACUGGAUGACGCCUGACUCACGCACCCAGUCGCAGACGGUGCUUGGCAGCAUGGGCGUCUCGUACGGCCACGCGCCGUGGGUGACCGACGAGCGGCGGCUCAACAACUACUACGCCGGCCUGACUCUGACCGGGCGGGACUUUUUUACCAACCUGCUCAACGCCGACCGUUUCAAGGCCGGCGAACUCAAGGCCAACGCCGCCCGACUCGCCAGCAGCGGCAACAACCACGCCGAUGACGACGGUGACGACGAGGAUGCCAUCUGGGUGGACGGCGACGCGACGACGGACGUCAAGGUGACCUACAACCCGGUGCGGGACCGGCUGCGCGUGCCGCCGGGCGGCCUGCAGGUGCCGCUGUUCAGCCACCACAGCCCCGACUACGUGAAUGCGGCCACGUUCGGCUCACUGGUGCUGGCGGAGCUGGCCGGACCGUUCUUCCUGCGCCACAGGACCUACAGACUGCCGAGCUGGUGGGACUCCGAGACGACGGCGCGCUACCGGCAGUACGGCCUCUGCCUGAUGGACAGCCUCGGCGGCUACACGGUCGACGUGCAGCGCAGCUUCGAGUUCACAUCGGUGCGCGGCUCCGGAACGCACCGAAAAUCCCGGGUGCCUCUCGACCCUCGGAAGUCGGCCAACUAUCUCCAGGCGGAGCACUUGGCCUUCAUCUUGUCAUACGAUCUCUUCAAGCACAUACAGAAGGAGGACGGGCCGCAGCGCGUUCUGCCGGGCACAGAGGGCCAGACGCCGGAGCAGCUGUUCUUCCUGACGUACGCCCAGAGCCGGUGCCGCAACACGAACCCCUACCUGCGCGUGCUGCUCAACAGCGCCUUCAAGGAGUUCCCGCAUCCGGAGAUGAUCAACAACUUCGUGUACAACUUCCCGGCCUUCCGCGAGGCGUACCAGUGCCAGAGGAUUCCCGAACCGCACCAGGGCCGUCACUGCACGCUGAGCUGAGCUGAGCUGGGCUGACGGCGAGCUGGUGCCGAUGUGAGACACGAUGGACAGUGGGAAGACAGUCGAAGACGGGUUGGUCUUCUGAGAAAGACGAGAACAUGACUUUGGCAGCGCAGCUUGUCAUCGGCGCUGCAUGGAAGCCGAGAGGAUUCUUGAUGUGAAAGUAGUGCUACACCGUUCUGAAAGGCAUGCUACAUGUAGUUUUCCCGGUAAAUUGUGUGAUAUUUUGAAAUAGAUGCCCCACAUAUUGCGUUCGUGACUGCUGGGUGCUAGUUUUCUUUUCUUUCGAAUGUGGCCACCUCAUUCAAAAAAGAAGCUAGACUGCCUAGACCAUAGUCACCGUAAAACAUCUGAGCAGUUAUCGAAUUAUGCAAAUUACGCUGCAAGUUUGCAGUCGGAAAGUGCGAAAUAUGGGCCCUGCAUAUGGAUGUAUAUUGAUACCGUUAUUGUAUGCCUUGCUCUGGGUGAUGGUGGAUGAAGUGUUAUGUCGCUUUUAAAUGUGUUCUGUUUCGAUUCACUCUUAUUGAACCGAACGGCCGUUCGUUGUGAUGUGAAAGUGUCUGCUAAGUAGCUAUAGGUCGUCUUUCAACCGUGCAGAGGUUGUAAUAACCCUGGAAAUGCCAUCUCCAAGCAAUAAUGCAACAUUUUUUAAGUCAUUGUCAUGCUUGUAUCCGUUGUCACAGAAAAUACAAAUAAAAUUAUCACAUUGAAUAACA